GGUCAGUCCCGCGCACCACGCACCAAACAACACAUCAUUUUGGAUAUAUUUAAAACAGGACCUCUUUUAUGUCCUUUAUUUGUUAAAACCUUUUUUUAGAUCUACCUCCGUGCUCCGGCAGUGUGGGGAAUGGGACUCUGUUGAGAUGGAUUAGCAAAGGUGAGAUACCUGUCAGUGUGAAGCGAGUCCCAGAUGCCAUCGCGAAAAUACCAGAAAGAAUGGCAUCCAAGAGAGGAGGCACGGCUACCGGAUGUAGGAGAAGGAGGAUGGAAAUUGUCCGGCCGAUAUGUGCCCUCUUCGUCAUACUACUAACGCUUUGUUUUACACACAUCACACAAUGCAUGAAUGUGGGGAAAAUAAACUUCCGAGAGAAGGAGAAGCAGAUCCUGGACCAGAUCUUGGGCCCCGGCCGCUACGACGCCCGCAUCCGGCCGUCCGGCAUCAACGGCACUGGCGAAGCGCCAACCUUAGUUCGCGUGAACCUCUACCUCCGAUCCAUCAGCAAAAUAGAUGAUUAUAAAAUGGAAUACUCUGUUCAGUUGACCUUCAGAGAGCAAUGGUUAGACGAGCGGCUCAAGUUCAACAACUUGGGAGGUCGCCUGAAAUACCUGACUCUGACGGAAGCGAACAGGGUAUGGAUGCCGGACUUAUUCUUCUCUAACGAGAAGGAGGGCCACUUCCACAACAUCAUCAUGCCGAACGUGUACAUUCGGAUCUUCCCCAACGGGACGGUGCUGUACAGCAUCCGGAUCUCCCUGACGCUGUCCUGUCCCAUGAACUUGAAACUGUACCCACUGGACAAGCAGACCUGUUCUCUGAGAAUGGCUAGCUAUGGGUGGACGACUGAUGACCUGGUGUUCCUGUGGAAGGAAGGGGACCCCGUGCAGGUGGUGAAGAACCUCCACCUGCCACGAUUCACACUCGAGAAGUUCCUCACUGACUACUGUAACAGCAAAACAAAUACUGGUGAAUACAGCUGCUUGAAGGUGGACCUGCUGUUCAAACGCGAGUUCAGCUACUACCUUAUCCAGAUCUACAUUCCAUGCUGCAUGCUGGUCAUCGUGUCCUGGGUGUCCUUCUGGCUCGACCAGGGCGCCGUGCCCGCGAGAGUCUCGCUAGGUGUGACCACGCUGCUGACAAUGGCGACUCAGUCGUCGGGCAUCAACGCCUCGUUGCCGCCGGUAUCGUACACGAAGGCCAUCGACGUGUGGACGGGCGUGUGUUUGACGUUCGUGUUCGGAGCGCUGCUGGAGUUCGCGCUCGUCAACUAUGCGUCGCGAUCGGAUAUGCAUCGCGAGAACAUGAAGAAGACGAGACGUGAGAUGGAGGCAGCGGCCAGCAUGGACGCAGCCUCAGACCUGCUGGACACAGACAGCAACGCCACGUUCGCUAUGAAGCCGCUGGUGCGCGGCGGGGACGCAAAGAUGCGGCAGUGCGAGAUCCACCUGAAGCCGCCGCGCAAGAACUGCUGCCGGAUGUGGAUGUCCAAGUUCCCCACGCGCUCCAAGAGGAUCGAUGUCAUCUCCCGCAUCACGUUCCCGUUAGUCUUCGCCCUUUUUAAUUUGGCCUAUUGGUCUACGUACCUGUUCCGUGAUGAAGAAGAGGAGAAGUGAUUCUCCAGUCCGGUCGGCGGCGCGGCGGCGCUGGCGCGGCUGGCGGGCGCCGUGCUCGCGCCCUACGCGCUGUUCGCGCUCGCCUACGCGCUCUGUCUGCGCGACUCGCACGUGUCCCACGCGCCCCACGUGUCCCACGUGCCCCACGCGUCCCACGCGUCGCGCCUCAAACAUGUUCGUUGUUCGCUCCGCGCACGCAUAUGACACGAGGCUGGCGCGCCUACGGAAUCCGUGUCCUGGUUGGGUUUUCGUUUGCAAUACUUUGACCCACUGCCUGCAAUCUACCUACGGCAGCUGUUGGUAUACUGUUCGUGACUCGCACGUCCCUCAUACGCCUGACACACCCUCGUCCUGCGCUCCGUGCGCGGAUAUGACGCGAGGCUAAUGCGCUUAUGAAGUCCAUGUCCUUGUUGGUUUAUUUUUACGCGCAAACUUUGACCCACUGCUAAGUACACAAUGUUCCACCUAUAUCAAGAUUACGCGGCUGAUGUGCUAGCGGAUUUCAACUGAUCACGCGCGCAUCUUACACAGUUUCCACGUUGAGGAUACAGCAGCAGUCAUCGCGACUCCAGAGUUCCUCAUACGCCUCGCCUGACAGAUUCGUGUUCUUCGCUUCGUGCGCGAAUAAGUCAAGAGGCUGAUGCGCUUGUGGGUCCAUGUACUCGUUGAUUUUUUUUCCCACUCGGCUGCGCGCAAAACUUGAGCCACUGCAAAAUCACUGCCUUCAACCUUCAGAAUGACCCACCUAGAUCAAAAUUAAAUUUGGGACGCAGCCUGGUGGUAUUUGUUUGCGUUCUGCUGUCUUCUCGACCAACCCUCCCAAUGCACAUUCCGCCUGACACUGACACUGCGUCCUUAACUCAGAGCAUGAAUAUGACACACCAUACUACCCACAUCGAGGUUGCAGCGGCUGUUAGUAUUUUUUUAGAAUUUGGACGCUGCACUACCUAUUCCCGCCAAAAUGAACCAACUAGAUGAAGAGUGUAUUCCGAAUCAAGCACCAGUACGCUGGCCAGUGGUAAUGACGUCAUGAUUUCGACGCCAUAUUGACAACACUACUACCAGUGCAAUAUGGCGUCGAAAUCAUGACGUCAUUAGCGCGAAUUUUUUUGUCCUACUCGGCUGCGCGCAAAACUUGAGCCACUGCAAAAUCACCUUCAGAAUGACCCACCUAGAUCAAGAUAAAAUUUGGCUGUAACUGAUAGCCUGCACAUGGAGUAUGCAGCCUGUUGGUAUUAAUUUGCGCUCUGCUGUCUGCUCGACCAACUCUCCCAAUGUAUAUUCCGUCUGACACAUGUACGACCUUAACUCCGAGCGUGAAUAUGACACACCAUACUACCA